ACUCCAUUGCGUAGAUGAACUGAAUUCUCAUUUUUAUAAACCAAUUAUCCGUCUCCGGCAAUGGUCGGCUCGAUUUAGUCGCCGGCGGAGUGAAAUCAGAAAGAUACAGAGGGAAUGGGGAUGUCGUGGGAAGACGUGGUUCUAAUCGAGGAAGGUAAGAAUUCCGACGAACCAACCGUCGUCACGGUGAACUGUCCCGACAAGUCCGGCCUCGGGUGUGACCUAGUACGAAACGUUCUCGAAUUCGGACUCUAUGUUAGCCGUGGAGAUUUCUCCACCGAUGGGAGAUGGUGUUACAUCGUGCUGUGGGUUGUUCCACGCCCAAGCUUGCUGAUAAUCGAUUGGGAUGGCUUAAAGAAGCGGCUUGUAGCUUGUUGUCCAUCAUGUUUGCCUGCGUUUUAUCUCAAUCAGUUACCUGAUUCUUCUAAACCACCUCCAAUCUAUCUGCUCAAGGUUUUCUCCCUCGAUCGAAAAGGGUUAAUCCAUGAUGUCACACAAGUCCUUUGUGAGCUUGAGCUAACAAUCCAACGGUUGAAAGUGAUGACAACCCCAGAUGGCAAGGUCUUGGACCUCUUCUUUAUUACUGAUCACUUGGACCUACUACACACAAAAAUUAGAAGAGAAGAAACAUGCACACAUCUUAGUGGUGUGUUAGGAGAGUGCUGUAUCAGCUGUGAACUUGAGUUAGCAGGGCCGGAGUACAAAAUCCAGCAAGGGUUUUGUUCGAUAUCAGAAGCAAUUGCUGAUGAAUUGUUCAGCUGUGAGCUUUCCACCAGAGAAAAUCGGUCACAAGCUCUCAGCGCAGAUGUCUCAAAUGUUAAGAAGGCUGUUAUAACUGUGGAUAAUUUGAUGAGCCCGGCUCAUACCUUGCUUCAAAUACAAUGCCUUGAUCAGAAGGGUCUAAUUUAUGACAUCUUAAAGAUCUCCAAGGACUUCAACAUCCGGAUUGCAUAUGGAAGAAUCUCUACUAGUGUUAAAGGGUACCGGAGUUUGGACUUAUUCAUCCAGAAAGACGAUGGGAAGAAGAUACUCGAUGUGGAGAACCAGGCUACUUUAUGUUCGCGGCUAAAGGAAGAGAUGCUACAUCCAUUGAGAGUGAUGAUCACGAGCCGUGGCCCUGAUACAGAACUGUUGGUUGCUAAUCCUGUCGAGCUCUCUGGGAAGGGAAGACCACGUGUUUUCUAUGAUGUCACGUUCGCAUUGAAGGCGCUUGGGAUAUGUAUCUUCUCGGCGGAGGUUGGAAGACACUCGACAUCAGACCGUGAGUGGGAAGUGUACAGGUUCCGAUUGGAUGAAACCCGAGGAGUUCCUUCAACGAGCAACCGAGCUAAGCUGGACAUAGUUGAUAAGGUCAGAAGAACACUUAUGGGGUGGUGAAAUCAGACCACGAAACACUAGUUUUAACCAUGUAAUAUCCGUGAUCCCACAACGGGUAUUGUUAACGUUAUCCUUGACAAAUUGUUGUGUAUCCGGCUUCAGCCCCAUGGAUCUGCAUCAAGAAGCUCGGUAUGUUGUGCUCUUUUACUUCUUUUUUGUUGAUAUUCUGUAGGUAAUUUGCAAAUUAAAUUUUCAACUUGAAGAAUGUAUAUGGGUUAUGAUA